AUGAAACGUCUGCAAUCCGAUAAUGUAACAUCAAAUUAUUGUGAACAUUUUAAUUACACAAAUGAUGUUAAAGAAUUUCCAUGUUUUUAUACUUCUUCACCUAUUUCAUUAUAUCCAGAAAAUAGUCCAGUUAUUAUGAAAGAUAUGCGUAAAUCAAGAAAAGAUAUACCGACUACAAUAAUUGCACCUGAUGGUUAUGUACCGAAUUCGCCAAUUCGUGUCAAAUGGAAACCUUUUGGAAAAAAAGAAUCCUCUGAUGAAAAUGCUAACGAAAUAUUGUCAUCUAUAGUUUCAGCGAAUAAUGACCUAUUAAUAGUUAAUUUUUUAAAUAAAUUACCUAAUAUCAUAAUCAAUGUGAAAACUGAAGAGAUUGACAAUCCAGGACGAGAAGCUUACAGUAUAUCAAUACAAUCUUGUAGAAAUGUGAAUAAAAAUGAUUUUACAAAAGAACAGAUUAAUCAUUUGGUUGAACAAAUUAAAAGGCAGACCACUCCACAGUAUCUUGAAAACAAAAUACAAGGAGAUAUAAAUGAAAAUGGAAUGAAAAGAAAAAACCUAGCUGAAUCAGAGAAUCAACAAGAAACUACACAAGUAAAAGAUAACUAUUUAAGUGAUUAUAUCAAAAGUAGCGAUAAGAAAGCAACACAAAAGAAAAAUGAGAAAAGAACUAGUCAUACUCUUCCCACUAGUAUGGUUAAAACAUAUUUGCAACAAAUGAGUAAAGAAUGGGGUACACUUACUAAUGUAAUGACAGUAUUUCAUCAAGCAAUUAAACAAGAUAAGUCAAGUAUUUAUCUAUUAGAUAAGUAUUUCCAAUCAACAAAUAUUAGAGUUCGUAUGAUUAAUACUAUAAUUAGUCCCAAGUGGACUUUUCUUUAUUUAAGUAGUUUAGUUGGUAAUUCAGAAGAAUUAAUGAGACAUAUUGACAUUAUGUUAAACUUAAAAACAACUGUAGAUAUUAUGAAUAGUAUAAAAACAAAAUAUGAAGGUUAUUUAGGAGGUAAACAACAUUUAGACUUAUUUUUAUCUUCAUUUAAAACAACAAGAAAUAUACUAGAAAAUCAUUUAAUAAAUAUAGGCAUACAUAAAGAAGAAUCUGAUAUAAUAAUUUACAAUGCUAUUUGUAAUGAUAAUGAUACUAAACAAAAGAUUGGCAAUUUAAUGAAUAUAAAAUUUCCACAAAAAUUAAUUGAUACAUUAAAAACAUGCAAUAAAAAGAAAUUGAAAAUUUUAAUUCAUAAAUCAAUUAAAAGAUCUAAAUCACUUUCAAAAAUAGUUUCGUUUAAUUUAUCACCUUUAAAACGAUUGUUUAAAGAUGAUAAUUCCUUGAAGAAACUUCAUGAAGAUAAAAUUAAGAAAAGGAUAUUAUCAGAUACCAUUGAACAACUGAAACAUUCAGAUAUUGAACAUAAUAAGUUACAAACAUUGAAUACGGUGAUUAAAUAUUCAAGUGAUGAUGAUGUACAAACAGAAAUGAAAUCAGUUGACAUGAUAGAAAAUGCAUUUACAUCAGUUAAUAAGCUCCAGGAAACAGUGAAACAAAGCAAUCAAUUCGUUAUGAAUAAUUUAACUUCAAAGGAUACAAGAAGACAGAACAAUUCUAACAUAACUAGAUUAUGUAAAACACUUGAUAUAAUGUUUGAAUUAGAUGAAAUGUUUCACGAAAGGAAAGCAGAUGAACUAAAUAAAAUGCAACAAAACGAAAUGGAACUUCAAACAAAAGAACUAAUCAAAUUUAACAAAUGGAGACAAACAAACUGCAAUAAAAUGUCUAAUGAAAUCAUAAAGAUAACAGGAUCUUCAUCAUUUAAUGAGAAAGUUGUUAGAUUAUACAAGUAUUCAAAUGAAGCUUUCUCAAAAGAUAAAACCAUUGAUAAAUCCGAAAAUUUUGAUGAGAAUGUUGAGUUGUUUGAAUCUUCUAGAGACAAACUUAUGUGUAAAACUUCAAAUACGUCACUUAGUAAACAUAUUAAAAAUGAUGUUUUAGAAAGCAACGAAAUGAAAAUGUAUAUGGUUGGACAACAAUUCAGGUUAUCAACUCCUGAAAGAACUCCACAGAGUCAAAUAAAAAUGAACGAAUUUCUAUUAAAUUCUAAAGAAUUUUUAGCAAAGCGAGUUAAAGAAUUACCAAAGGUACGCUCCCCAUCUUUAAGUUUAGGAAGUCUUGAAUUAUCUUAUCACGAUUCAGUGAGACCAACCAAAAAUGGCGGAAAUCUUGCAGUAUUAAAGAGAAAUAUAAUGGCUAGUGAAGCUACUAAAAUGUUAAUUAGCAGCAAAAUCAGUCUCAAUAAACAAAGGACACCAAAAAAAGAGGAAGUCAAUGUAAUUAAAGCCCAAUACUUUACAAACUAUAAAGAAAAUAUGAUGAGUAAUAGACAGCAACCUCCUAAAAGCACAUCAGUUAAUUUAGCAAACAGUAUAAUAAACAAACACCGUUUUGCGAAAGGUAAUUUGACAUGUAGAAGUGAAGAAUCUUUAUUUGAAACAGCUUUCCUUACAAAAUCAGGCCCAAUACACCUGGGAUUAUUUCCAGUAACAUCUGUACAGAUACCAUCUAAAAUGAGGAAAUUGAGAAAGCAUAAAAACCCCAGUCGAACUCCAACGUUCAUGAAUUCUGUAAUGAACUUACCGUGUACAAAAUCAAAACAAUUUAAACGACAAAAUUCAGAAUUUAAUUUUCUAGUUAAAACGUCAUAUAAAUUGCCUUCAUUACGUAAUAAGGUAGAACGAGAAAACAGAAAAUUAGAGGUGAAUAAAAUGAAAAUAACAAAUGAACUUUGGUAUAGAAAACAAACUUUAGAAACUUCGAAAAUUCAGAUAGAGCCUUCAUUAACUAUCAGGUCUCUUUCAAAAAUGGGAUCAAUUUUGACAAUACAACCAACUUCGUCAAUUACUUCACAAUCUCCAUAUCAAGUAAUUCAGCAAAAACCUCAUAAAACACAGAAAAAAGCAAUAAAACCAUCAGAAAAUCCAUCAGAUACAGAUAUCAGGAACUUCGAUUUGAAUUUCGAUACACAAAACAUUUUACAGUGGUUUGGCAAAGUUCUGGAGGCAAACGUUAUUUCAUCAUAUAAGCAAGAACGUUUAGUACCAACAUUUAAACUUGAAAAAGACAGGAUAUCAGUACUAAAACCAUUGUAUGAAAUAUACUGGGGGUCAUCAGAUGUUAACCAAAGAUUACUAAAGCAACCACAUUUUGAACUGAUGUUUAAACAAAAAUUACUCAUGGAAUUAAGUAAUUCACUAUCUAUCAAAAGGAAACAAUCUAAGAAUAAGAAAACAUUUACUUUGCCAAUAAUUGAUAUCCUAACACGAAAUGUAUCUUAUCAGACAUCAAAUUCAAAAUCUAUGAUCAAGAAGCAAAAGGAUUUCAUAGUUGAUAACGUAAACAUGUUUCUUGAUGAUUUGUAUAGAAUUCUUCAUUAUUCACAAGAUAAACUAUCAUUAAAAGAAUUAACAAAAAUCAAAACUGAUCGUCAAAAUACUUCAAACACAAUAAACUUAAUGUACGGGUGUAAUGACAGGACGUAUGAAGGAUCAAAAACGUUUCAUGUAGAUUCAGAACAACAUAAGAUAUCAGAUAAACGAGCUAAUCUACCAAGAAUAGCAUCACAUACCUGUCAGCCAGUACAUGGAAAGUUUCACUGUCGUCAUGAAGCAUUGGCGAGAAAAAGAUAUCAGAAUUUAGGUCUCUCAAUUUCCAAUCACAUUCAGCGGGUGAAUUUAAUUCAAGAAUGUAUGCACAAACCAAAUCAACAAAGAAGCAAUGGAAUAUGGUUUCCUAAAACAUUGGAUAGAAUAUACCAAGACCUUGUCGAUGUAUAA